AUGAUGCUGCUGCUGCUGCUGAAAGCAGCAGCGCUUAGGUCUUACGCUGUGUUGGGAUCUGACGGCAUUUUCGAUGUUUUGUCUGAUGAUGAAGUUGUCAAAUUAAUUCUUAAGAAGCUCCCGCCGACUCCCCAAGAGGCCGCUCAGUUGGUUGUGGAGGAAGCUGCUGCUAGAGGCAGUGCGGACGACAAGACCUGCACAGUGGUUUACUUCAAAUGGCGCAAAGACCUUUUUGCUGCUGCUGCUGCUGCUGCUGCUGCUGCUGAUGAGAAGGAAAAGGAGACAGAAAAGGACACAAAAGAGACACAAGAAGCUGCUGCAGAGAGCCAAAUAGACUCCCCCACAGACGCAGCAGCAGCCUGCAGCACAGACGGCCCAAAGCAGCAGCAGCAGCAGCAGCAAGGGACCACUGCAGCAGGUAGAGAACACACAAGCAGCAGCAGCAACAGCAGCAGCAGCAGCAGCAGCAGCAGAGAAGCCCCAGGUUGUGCUGCAGAGCCAGGCCCUCGCUCUGACGCGGAAACAGCCUCAGCAGCAGAAACAGCAGAAGCAGCAGCAGCAGCAGCACCUCCAGAGUCGCCCCCAGCAGCAGCAGCAGCAGCAGCAGCUGCUGCUGCUGCUGCUGCUGCAGAGUCCGGUGCCAGAGGCGGAGGCAUUCGGAUGAGCGGCCUCGAGGAAAUAGCAGCAGCAAAAAGCACUUUUGAUGUUGAUGCUCUUAUUCGAAAAAGGAAAAGAGAGGAGCAGGAAGCAGCAGCAGCAGCAGCAGCAGCAGCAGCUGCUGCUGCUGCUGCUGCUGAGGAAGAAGAUGAUUUUGAUAUGUUUGGGGGUGUCCCUGAGGCUCAAGAGGCCUCGCCAGCAGCGCAGCAAAAUGAGGAGGCAUAA